AUGGCCAAGCUUGUGGUGACUGCUUGGAAUGUGUUCGAUCCGAGUAAGAACGCAUCACGAGUGCUUCGAGUCGCCGUUGAAGACGUCGACGAUGUCCCUCCUGAAUUUCCCAAGGGUGCAACCACGAUCUUCACUGUUCCGCAGUCCUCUAAUCCCACGGAAAUGACCAUUGGACGUGUCUCCGCUGCAAAAGGAAAGAGAGAUGCUCUACACUACUACCUCCUACCAAAAUGUACUCAAGAAUUCGAUCACUUCUCAGUGAGUGAGCGUUCGGGAGAAGUUGGCCUUACUACUGCCGGCGAAUCUAAACUUCCAGGUCGAACGGAGUUAUGUAUUCUAGCAAGGUAUUUAUAA